CGAACAAUCAGCAGAUCGGAGCACUUAAAUGGCUGCACCAAACAAACAUGGAGGAUACCAUGAGACCAGACACGGACCAGGAGCUGUCGGUCCGGACCGGAGAGGAGGACACCGAGGGCUGUGAUAUGAAGGAGGCAGGGAGACCCUCGGAGCCCUCAGAGGGAGCCGCGGACCCGUUUAAGAAGCCCGAGGUGUUCGCGGCGCCCUCCGUGGCGGGUAAACGGAGCGGAGUGGCGGAGACCGAGAGAGCGAGCCAGGCGGAGAGCGGCACAGCCGGACAGGGAGGCGGGACUGGAGCCCGGAGAGCCGCUCCAGAGGACCAGGCGCCCCUUAAAGACUCUGCCCAGCCUCUAUGUGAGGGUGAAGGAUCAGAGAAGCCUCCUGCUACUGUAGAAAGGCCCGGCCAGGCCAAACCCAAGCAAGAUGUAAAAGCCCCUGUAAAAGCUGCUAAAGUGCCCCCAGCUGGUAAAUUCCCUCCUCUUCCAUACACAGAACCCCCCUGGGCUGGCGUGGCCAGCAUCCCCUACUCCUUCGAACUCCUAAAGAAUGGAGCCAUACUGGACACUGUCCCUCUGAGCCAGCAGAGUUACUUCGUGGUGGGCCGCUUACCUGUCUGUGAUGUGUCUCUAGAGCACCCCUCCAUAUCCCGCUACCAUGCGGUGGUCCAGUACCGUGGCCUGGCCGGAGAGGACGGGGUCGUGGGGGAAGAGGCAGGGUUCUAUGUCUAUGAUCUUGGCAGCACUCAUGGGACAUUUGUGAACAAAAACAAGAUUCCCCCCAAAACCUACAUGAGGCUGAGGGUUGGACACGUCCUGAAAUUUGGGGGGAGCACCAGGCUCUUCAUUCUCCAGGGUCCUGAGUCUGAUGAGGAAGCAGAGUCGGAGCUGACUGUAACAGAGCUGAGAGAGCGGGCCAGGAAGCAGCGAGAAGAGCUGGAAAAGAGGAUGAUGGGAGAUGGCUCGGAUAAUGAUGACGAUGAUAAUGAUGACGAUGAUAAGAAGAAUGGAGAGACAGCGUCUUCUGGAAGAAAUUCUUCAGAAGACAUGGGCUGCUCCUGGGGGAUGGGAGAGGAGCCUGCCCAUGAGGAGGAUGAGGGUGAGGAGAAUCCAUUUGCCACAGAGUUUCAAGAGGACCAGGAAGCAGCAUACCUGAAGGAUCCUAAAAAGGCUUUGCAGGGUUUCUAUGAUCGAGAAGGGGAGGAACUGGAGUUUGAAUAUGAGGACAAAGGCCAUGGCACCUGGCUCUGCAGAAUAAAGUUGCCAGUGGACGAUGCUAUGGGCAGGCAGCUGGUUGCUGAAGUCACACACACUGGAAAGAAGAAGGAGGCUGCUAUUCAGUGCUCUUUGGAGGCUUGCCGCAUGCUAGAGGCCCGUGGAUUACUGAGACAGGAAGCAGUGUCCCGCAAGCGUAAAAAGAAAAACUGGGAGGACGAUGACUAUUAUGACAGUGACGAUGAUUCUUUCCUGGACCGGACGGGUACUGUGGAGAGGAAGAGAAAAGAGCGCAUGAAAAAGGCUGGCAAGAUUGAGGAACAGCCUGAUACCUAUGACUCGCUGGUUGCUAAGCUAGCUAAAGUGGAAAGAGAGAUGGCUGAAACGGAGAAGAAACUAAGUUCUUCAGGAAAAGGAGGCUCCAGCUCUUCCACAGAAGACCCCCUGGAUGCAUUUAUGAGUGCCGUGCGCAGCCAGGCAGCUCUGGAUGGAGUGGAGAGAAAGAAGCUACACCUGCAUGUAGCAGAGCUUAAGAAGGAAAGUCAGCGACUGCGCAAACUUAUUGAAUUGACCAGACCCACCCAGCUGCCCUCCCUACAGAGCAUGCAUUCCAGACAGUCCUCUGACCCUGAGAAGCCCAAGAAGUUAGCCCUGCCUUUGUUUGGGGCAAUGAAAGGUGGCAGUAAAUUCAAACUGAAGACGGGGACCAUUGGGAAGUUGCCUCCAAAGAGACCUAACUUGCCCCCUGAGCUCUUCAACAUGAAAGAACUCCCCACUGGUGGAGAGGAGGAGGAGGAAGAAGAGGAGGAAGAGGAGGAUGGCAAAAAACAAGGUGAAGGGGAAGAAGAGAGUGAAGACCAGAAUAUAGGAAGCGCAGGGGUUGAUAUGGAGGACGAUCAGUCUGAUGAGAGGGACUACAAAGAGGAAUCUAACACUAGUCAACAGACAGACACCCGUUUCCCGACCCCAAAAGAAAUUGAAGAUUCUUUGAGACAAACAGUAAAGAAGUCUUCAUCAUAUGUCAAACAGAAGGCUAAAUCUGUCCAUCCCACAGAAGGCUCCACUUCACCUGCACAAGGUGAAGACACAGAGAAGAAGAAGAGUGGAAAGAAGAUGAUUGGCCCGAGUAAGCCUCCGAGCACUGUGUCCAAGCAAUACCCGGAGGAUGACCCUGACUACUGCGUGUGGGUGCCUCCAGCAGGUCAGACUGGUGACGGUCGGACUCAUCUUAACGACAAAUACGGCUACUGAGAGCAGGAUGCAGAAGUUCCUGUCCAACAGGGGUAACUCCACCUAAAUAUGUAAAAAAAAUAAUAAAUAAAUAAAUGGCUACAUUUCCUUGAAACUUUGCUUGGACGGAUUAAGAAGGCUCCAGCCCUUUGUGGAUGAGAAGGGCACUGUGAGUGAGAGUGAGUUUUCAGGCAUUCACGGGUUUGACCAACUGUUUGCACUUGUCUGGUGUGUUCUCUUCUCUGUGCACUUCCAGAGAAGAGUGGAACUGGAUUUUAGGAAUGAGACAGAUCACACAGACUGCAGAAACUCAAAACGAGGCUCAAAACGAUAUUUGUUUAGAAGAUGAGCAAACAGGUUUUAAAAUGUUUGGGCUGAAAAUACACGAUUCGUGAUGUCCUGUGUCUCUAAAGUGGUCUUGGGGGAUGUGUUUGAGUAAAUUGGAUAAUACGACCUCAGUGGGGCAGUUGUCUAAUCGCAGUGUACCUGAUCUCAUAUUGGAGAGUUAGGCCUGUAACAGUUAAAACAAUCGCCUGAUCAGUUGUUUUAGAUGAGCUCAGUUGUUAGGUAUUCACAAUCGUAUAGUCGCUGCAGCAACAAAACCUUGUCCAUUUUUCUCAUUUUUUUACAUUUUUGCACAAUUUGAAAACUCCAAUUGCCUUUUACGUAAAAAAAAAAAAAGUAUGGAUUAACAGAAAUGUUCCAGAUUUACUUGGAAAUCCAAGAUCUGUUAAAGGGAGUGCCACCAGUCUUUCAUCAUUUCUGCAUAAUGUAGUCGUAAUGUAAACAGUCAUUCAGAGUGACUUGAUGUGAACAGAUGUUCUGUUCCAGAGAAACUUACAAAGUCAGAAUUUCGUCAAAACAGUGGAGAAGAAUGGAAUGCUUUAAAAACAUACACAGAAUUGUUUAUGAAUGCAUUACCUGGUGCCUGAAAUGUUUUUACGAUAGUUUUGAGAAGCUUUUGGCUUAAAACACAUUUUACUUAAUCCAUUAAUCGCAGAGAGGAACAUGCAGAAUGUUCUAAGGCAUAAUAAUCACCAAAUAAAGCUUAUUUUUUCAGAUUUACUACAAUUUCACUAUCAUCAACAUUACACACAAACUCAUAUGUAGGUUCAGUAGUCAUUUUGAACAGUAAAUGAACAGCUGUAUUUGCAUUAUGGUUUUAGUAGACAUCAUAAGCCCUGGUUCCUAUCUUUGCCAUUAUAAAGAUAUUACAUCAAACCACUCACAAUGACUUUGUUUACGUUUGAAUGAAUUAACUAUGGAGAAAUUUUGAAGGAAAAAAAAAAACAGGUUCAAUUAAGAAAUUUUCUUCCUUAUUCUGUAAAGUUAGCAUUUUGAAAAUGUGCAAUUUUGUUUUUACAUCACAACAAAUAAUGUAAAUUCAGGGCAUUUUCAUCAGUCGAGUUCUGGAAAAUUCAUGUGCAGAGAAUGUUCAUGUUUUUUGGCCCAUGUGCAUCGUAUGAAAACAAGUUUUAACUUCUGACUUGGUGCUGUAACAUCUAAGAGGGCAGCAGAGAGUAAGGCUUGUUUAUUUGAGCUUAAGCUAGGUCUGUCCUCAGUUGGGAGCUAUUAAGUAUCAACAGCAAUUAACUGUUAACUAAAAUGUGGUGAUCGUGACAGGCCUAUGGACAGACUUGGCUAAAAUAAGCCCAAAGCCAACUAACUGACAAUUCCUGCUUUGGUCCUUUAAGAAUAUGGGACUUUUUUAUAUAUAGACACACUUCUAUCAUUAGUACUUUAAGCAGCAGCUGCUGCUCCUGGAUCAGUUUAACAGGCUUAUGCAUGCUCAGUGUUGACUCCAUGCACUGUCCCAGGUCACUCUCAGUGUAACACUAGCCUUCCUGGUGAGUUCUCUAAGCCUAUCUGUGAUGGGAGCAGUGAGUCCUCCUGCUCGAUCUGGCUCCGCGUAUGGCUUGUUACCUUUUUGGAGAAAGGGCAGUGGAGAGAGGGGGAGUUUAUUCACCAGCCAUCUGGACACUUGCUCUGCUUUCUGGGAUUGAGAGCAAGCUGUUAAUGAAUCAAGUGGCACACAGUGUUGGGGUGGUGUACGUUGUGUGCGUGUGUUCCCUUUACGUGAUAUUAAUGAAGAGUGACUCAGCGUUGAGGAGGUGUGUUAAAGUGAGUGUGUUGUUUUGUCCAGGGGGAGAUUAGGGCCUCCCACAAACUUCACAGUUCUGUAACUCUUUUGUUUCUGUCUUGUUCUUUUAGCCCUUCAUUUCAAUGUUGUUUUGUUUUGGACAGAAUGAUACAGAUGUGUAUUUUAUAUUGUUCUUUUGUAAAAUAAAUAUCAAUGUAGUUAUCAAACAUC